AUGUCAUUAUCGUUUGCUCAAACAUAUAUACUAGCUAGUAAAGUAAGAACAAAACUUACCAAAGAAGCUGCUUCUUCCAAGUCUUCGUUGAGGAAUUUAGUGAUACAGGCUAACAUGUUGGAUAAUUUAAUGGACUAUAUCUCCGAGGAAACUGAAAAACGAAGUCAAAGAGGAAAAGAAGAUAAAAGUGCAAGUACUAGCUGUAGUAGCAAAAGCGGCAACGGUGAUGCUACGGAGGUGCUGUAUAAUAAUAUUGCUACUAGCAAUUUGGCAACACAGCAAAAUAACACUUUAGUUACAGAAUACGAAAUUGACUCAGAUUCAGAGGAUGAAGGGGACGAAAAUUACCUAUAUGAAUGCGAAUAUGAAUACGAUGAUGAUAAGGAGGAGGAGGAGGAGGAGGAGGAGGAAGAAGAAGAAAAUUUUACUAUGGAUGAAAUCAAUCAGUUAAACGGGGCUUUAAUUGAAUGUCAAACACCGAUAAAUUAUACACAUAUCCCACACAUCACUAUCAAACUGAAGAAACUGGACAAUGAUGAUAGUGACAGUGAUAACGAUGAGGAAACAGAGACCGACUCUUCAAAUUAUUCCACCUCAGAUGAUGAUUCAGAUGAUUAUUAUAUUUACUCAGAUUCUGAAGAUGAAACAAACACCACCAUCCCAUUGAUAAGAACGACAUCAAAUGCAACAAUGGAGGAAAAAAUACCGAGGACAUUGAACAUCACUCAAACAUCCUCUUCAUAUAAUCAUUUACCAUUUCCAUCUUUACACAUGCUGCUACCACUUGGCUCAAUUUUAGAGGAAGAGGAGGAGGAAGAAGAAGAGGAGGAGAAGGAGAAGGAGAAGAAGAAGAAAGAAGAAGAAAAAGAAGAGGAAAAUGAUGACGAAGCAAGUUUAUUUUCAGAUGAGUAUGAUACUGAUAAUACAAAUGAGGAAGAAGAUAUUGAUGAGCAGAUGCCCGAGUUGUCUCAUACUCAUUCUCUUACAGAUGAUGAUGAAGUUGACACAUUAUUUGAUCAUCAUUUGGUGACUCCUUUUUCUGAGUCAAGGGAUUUACAUAAUAGGCACAUGAUGAUAAAGCCUGAUCAUUAUGAGCAAAACCAGCAACGUCAACAUCACCAACACAAACAGCACCAUCAUAAAAAGCACCGUCGCAAGCAGCAGCAGCAGCAGCACCACCACCACCACCACCAUCACCUACUACAGGAUAAUAACAGCAGAGAUUUAACAAUACCAAAUCAUUAUCGGGACCUAGAAGUAGAAGGCUUAUUCAAACAUGACAAUGUCACUAUUGAACAAAUUUACUAG